GCGCCCAGCGCGGGCAGGACGAGGGGGAGACCUGCGCUGCGGCGGGCGGGGGCGGCGCCAUGACCUUGUUCCACUUCGGGAACUGCUUCGCGCUGGCCUACUUCCCCUACUUCAUCACCUACAAGUGCAGCGCUAUGUUGUUCCUGGCCACUUUCUUUCCCACCUGGGAAGGCGGCAUCUAUGACUUCAUUGGGGAGUUCAUGAAGGCCAGCGUGGAUGUGGCAGACCUAGUAGGCCUAAACCUUGUCAUGUCUCGGAAUGCCGGCAAAGGGGAGUACAAGAUUAUGGUUGCUGCCCUGGGCUGGGCCACUGCAGAGCUCAUUAUGUCCCGUUGCAUCCCCCUCUGGGUUGGAGCCCGGGGCAUUGAAUUUGACUGGAAAUACAUCCAGAUGAGCAUUGAUUCCAACAUCAGCCUGGUCCAUUACAUCUGUGCGUCUGCCCAGGUGUGGAUGAUAACACGCUACGACCUGUACCACACUUUCCGGCCAGCUGUCCUCCUGCUGAUGUUCCUCAGCGUCUAUAAGGCCUUUGUCAUGGAGACCUUCGUCCACCUUUGUUCCUUGGGCAGCUGGACAGCACUUCUGGCCCGAGCAGUAGUGACAGGGCUGCUGGCCCUCAGCACCCUGGCCUUGUAUGUCGCCGUUGUCAACGUGCACUCCUAGGCUUGAGUCCCAGGCAUUCACGUACUUUUUCCUUGUCUCCAGGUUUUAGUGAAUUAAACAGUAUUUGGGGA